CUCGGCUGUCACUGACAGAUGCUUUCACUUUCUCAUCUAGGCAUCGGUAUCCUUCAACUGGAUCGGUAUUAGAAAUUUGUGAUCUCACUUCACUAGAAUACAGAAUCUGAGAAGAUGGUGAACAAUACCGUGGUCCUGACUAUCUACAUCAUUGCCUUCGUCUUUGGUUUGCCUUGCAACCUUCUGGCCUGCUACUCUUUCCUGAGGAAAGUCCGUCGCAAGCCGGUCCCCAUAGAUAUACUGUUGCUCAAUUUGACCAUUUCUGACCUUUUCCUUCUUCUCUUUUUGCCCUUCAAGAUGGCAGAAGUUGCUCAGCGUUUCACCUGGCCUCUUCCUUCCAUUCUUUGCCCACUGGCAAACUUCUUCUUCUACAGCAGCAUUUAUAUCAGCACCCUGUUCCUCAUGGGUGUCAGCCUCGAGCGCUACCUGUGCAUUGCCUACCCUGUCAAGCACAAGUUGAACCGCAGACCAACCUACGCAAGAAUCGCCAGCCUUUUCUUCUGGUUUUGGGCUUGUUCCCAUUGCGGUUGCAUCGUCUUCAUUGUUCACUACCUCCCUGGAAAUCCUUGGAGUCAUAAGGCCAACGUCACUUGCUACUAUGAAUUCUCCCCUGAACAGCGUGACAUUGUCCUUCCUUUCCGCCUGGAGCUCUUCUUUGUCCUCUUCUUACUUCCUUUCCUUGUCACUAUCUCCUGCUAUGUCAAUGUGAUCCGCAUCUUGAAUGCCAUGCCAAACAUUAAACCCCAGAAGAAGCAAAGGGCCGUGGGCUUAGCUGUGGCUACCCUGCUCAAUUUCACUCUGGCCUUUGCUCCCUACAAUAUCUCCCACGUUGUGGGCUUUGUGAUGAAAAAAAGCCCCCCCUGGAGAACAGAGACCUUCUGCCUGACUUCCCUCAAUACGGUGUUGGAUCCUGUCAUCUUCUUCUUCUCUUCCUCCACCAUCCGGAGGACAUUUACAGAAUUUUGGAUUGGCAUCUGCAAUGAAAUCCGGAAGCAUACAUCACCCUGCUGUCCAUGUUGUAGGGACAAUGACAAAAAAGGAGAAGCUGGUGAGUUAACUCUUGGAAACCUCCCCAGUAUAAUGGCAGGAUCUAGUACCCCCACUCCUUUUGCAACCCUGGAACCCUCUAUGACGUUAGACGAGUGAUCACUCAGGAAAGUUUCCUUAUAAAGAGCAGAAAUGACUCCCAAGAACACCUAAGCUAAACGUGACCACAACACCAAAUAUAUCCAAGCAAGCGUGAGAUUUGAAAUAAGGCCUGCGGAAAUUUCAUUUUGAGCGACAACAGCUCACCAUCAAAUCACGUUUGGAAAACUUGCCUGCUGCUCCUGACUUGCUUGUAGCAACUUUGAGUUAUUUUCACUAUCAUCAAAGAUAAGAUGACAUCUGCUUAUAGUUCUCGGACUUUUUUUUAGAGAAUUCCAUGUUUGCUUUUUUUGCCAGAGACUCCAGACUUCCCGAAGAAUAUUUGAGACUUUGUCACAAGUAAACUAUAAUACAUAUGGAUAAGCAGCUGGGUCACUGUGACAGAUUUUUGCCUCCAUCAGCUGAAUGGAUACAAGGGUACACAUUGAUAACACAAUAAUUAUUUUCUCCCCCAGCAGCCCAUCUCCUUAAAAAAAAAUUCACUAGGUGCUUUUUUGUCAUAAUGAACUGGUACUGUUCAUAGCCCAAGACCAGUUAGAUCAGGAGUCUCCAACCUUGGUCCCUUUAAGACUUGUGGACUUCAACUCCCAGAAUCAAAAUUCAAAGCUGGCUGAGGGACUCUGGGAGUUGAAGUCCACAAGUCUUAAAGGGACCAAGGUUGGAGACCUCUGAGUUAAAUCAUUCUUUUCUUUUAGCACUUGACAGCUGCAGCUCCGCUCCUGUGACAGCCACAAAGCUUGUGAUGGACCAGCAUUUCUUAAAAAUAUUUUUCCAAUACGAUAUCUUUGUUUGAAGGAAUUGUUUGGCUAAGCUCCUCUGAAACUCAAAGGUUCUUAAUCUUAAUUAUAUUUCUGUUCAGCUGUUUUAGUUCUUUGGCCCAAAGGUGCUAUUCAGCAGGUUCUGACAGGUUCUGGAGAACCGGUAGCAGAAAUUUUGAGUAGUUCAGAGAACCGGCAAAUACCACCUCUGGCUGGCCUCAGAAUGGGGUAGGAAUGGAGAUUUUGCAAUAUCUUUCCCCCAGGAGUGGGGAAGGAAUGGAGAUUUUGUAGUAUCCUUCCCCUGCAGUGGAGUGGGAAUAAAGAUUUUGCAGUAUCCUUCCUCCAGGAGUCGGGAGGGAAUAUAUAAAGUUUAUUGUCAUUGUACGUAUAUACACAGUAUACCCAUACAACGAAAUUGACAUAACACCCAGAGACCAAGACCAAUACACAUGACAAUCCCCAGACACUCCCACCCACCAAAAAUUCCCCACCCCUGGGUGGGGAAUGGAGAUUUUGCAGUAUCCUUCACCUGCCACACCCACCAAGCCAUGCCCAUUGAACCGUACAGUAAAAAAAAUUGAAUUACACCACUGCUUUGGCCUUGGAAGCAGCUAUCCCAACUUUUAAAUCGCAGAGUAAGCCAGGGAGGGAAUGAGACAAUUAGGACCAUUCUGCCAGCAGAAAACAACACCUCCAGAAGGUCACAUCUGCCUAGAAGAUUCACUAGCCUAGAUAUACUUUUUUUUUUUCCCCUGGAAAAGCCAAGUUUCUGGAACCCAAAGGUGCAUUUUUCUUUUUUUUCUUUUUAAAAAAACUUUUUUAUUGUUUUAUUGCGGUACACAAUCUGACAAACACACAACAUAUAACAUGUAAAUAUCUCCUGUUUUUAAACAACGUUUCUUAGUGGUCUUCUUUUGCUUUUAUACCUCCCCCCCCCCCGCCAUAUCUCAUUUAUUAUUUUAUUUUCUUUCUUAUCCCAGCCUAGAUCUACUUUUGGUAGGGUUUUGUUUUGUUUUGUUUUGUUUUGUUUUUAAGCAAGGCCUGAAAUGAACACUGAUGUGAGAUUACUUUGAAUCUUCUCCUGAAUCUAAUUUUCAGUUUUGUGAGAAGCAUCGAUUGCAACGUUCACAUAUAUAUCAUUCUGGAACCAACACACCCUAUUUCACGUGGUUGGUUUUGGUGGCGCAUGGUAUGCAACUAGAUUGUGGUAGAUAAAACCUGCAGAGAUUCAGAAGACACCAUAGGGAAAAAAAGAUCUUUGUGCUGUUCUGAGUGAUUACUGUUGAAGUAGCUGCAUGUAUACAAAAGCUUUAGACCUCAGAUGUGUAUUUUUCUAUGCUGA